CUGACCACGUCGGCGAACGAAUUACCAGGAGGAGACCUCCGUCAAUGUUGUACGUUAAAACAGUGUUAUUACACCAGAUAGUGUGUGAUGGCAGGUAGCAAUGACGUUAGACGACGCGCUGGAACCAGACAAAAAGGAAAAGAUGCAGAAAAUGGCGUUGGAGAAAGCAAAAAGAAAGCCGAUGCAGUUGGUGGAACUGCGAUGAUUGCUGGACUUGUGUUUGUUGGCAUUGUAGCAUGCGGAGUCGGGUAUUUCGCUUAUUUACAAUAUUGCAAAGGCAUCGUUAAUACACCUCUAUCCGUGUCUAAAAUCAAUGCAGCCAACAGCUCAAGUGCAAUCGUCGAUCCGGAAAGAUAUUGGGGGACCUAUCGAUCAAACUUGUACUUUGGAAUGAAAGCGAGAACUCCCCGAUCACCGGUGUUUGGGCUUAUGUGGCUACAGCAGCUAACAGGGAAGAUGCCACCUCCGAUCCGACAUUGGUGUGACCAGGGCGACCAGCUGAAAAAGUAUGGUUGGCUUAAGCAUGAUGGAAGGAAUUUUGGCGUUCAAGAAAUUGAAGAUAAUGGCUUUGUUUUGAGAACAGAAUUCGUCAAGAGAGCUGGUGGAUUACAUGGAGGAGACUGGACUGCGAGAGUUGUGGCAACAAAUGUGGAUCAGAAGAAACCAGUCGUCCUGUCACUCAUGUACUACGUGGCCCUGGACGGUCAAGGCGGUCUGGAACCGGACAUGUCAAAAGGUAGAUUCAGUGCCGUCAGAGGUCAUUCUGAGGAACUUGGCGAUUUUACUUUACAUUUCCCAAAGACAAAAACAAAGACACAAACUAAAUACAGCCAUCUCAUCACUUAUGUAUCACGACUAGAUCAGCUAAAAGAUGUGGUCACGAACGCUAUGAAGGUAGAGGCCUGGGACAAACAACGCACUCAGGCUUACUUUGUGCUCGGAGGUCGACUCGUACCACGGGACAGUCCCGGGGGACCUAAUGUCAUGGUCCAGCAGGUCACAGUUCAGCUCCCGUUUGAAAUGGAAAUCAUCUUUGAGUCUGGAAGUGUACUUGACAGACCUGAUACAUUGUCUGAUGAAAUAUUCUUAAAGGAACUGGCAAAAUACUCACAGGGAUUCGACGAUAAAUUUUCCGCCACUUUUAAUCUGGAAGGUAAAGGCUACAGCCAGGACGAGACUAACUUCGCUAAAGCUGCUCUCAGUAAUAUGCUAGGUAGCAUCGGCUAUUUUUAUGGAUCAUCCCUUGUCCAGUCUCGCUAUAAUGUGGACCCUGUGGAAUACUGGCCAGCGCCAUUGUACACUGCUGUUCCUUCAAGAUCAUUUUUCCCUCGUGGUUUCCUGUGGGAUGAAGGAUUCCAUAAUCUACUGAUCAGUCGAUGGGACAUUGAAAUAUCUAAAGACAUCAUUUCUCAUUGGUUGGAUUUAAUGAACACUGAAGGCUGGAUUCCGAGAGAGCAAAUUCUUGGAAUUGAAGCACAAGCAAGAGUUCCACAGGAGUUUGUAGUUCAGAGAAACGAAAAUGCAAACCCGCCGACAUUAUUCUUGCCCCUACAAAGAAUUAUUGACCAAAUAUCAACAUCAGAUGACCCCAAAGAUCAAGCGUUCUUGAAAUUUGUGUACCCACGUCUGAAAGUUUGGUACAAUUGGUACAAUUCAACACAGUCAGGCAGAUUACCUCUAACGUACCGAUGGAGGGGGCGUGACUCAAAGACCAACAAAGAACUGAACCCCAAAACCCUUACCUCUGGUCUGGAUGACUACCCACGGUCAUCCCAUCCCUCGGAGGAUGAACGCCAUGUUGAUCUGCGAUGCUGGAUGGCAUUUGCAUCUGGAUUGAUGGCUGACAUUGCUAAUGCACUUGGAGAAGAUUCAACAGAAUACAAAGCCACACAUCGACUGUUAACGGAUAAUAAAUUGCUGGAUGAAAUGCACUGGUCCUCCCAGAAGCAGCAAUACUCAGACUACGGACUUCACACAGAUAAAGUCCAGUUACAACGUCCUAAACCCCCGGCAAACCUGCAGCCUGGACAACCAGUUCCACAAAUGGACAAGAUCAGAGCUGUCAUAAAGGAUCCUGUGUAUAAGUUUGUCGACUCUUACGGUUAUGUUAGUCUUUUUCCAUUCCUACUUCGAAUUAUUGAACCUGAAUCUGUUAAGUUGUUGCAGACUAUAGCAAAAUUAAAAAAAACAGAAUUUCUCUGGACCGACUAUGGUUUAAGGUCAUUGUCAAAAAAUGCAUAUUUAUAUAAUCGUUAUAACACUGAACAUGAUCCGCCAUAUUGGAGAGGUGCGAUUUGGAUAAACAUGAACUAUUUGGCUAUCGGAGCUCUUCACCACUAUUCUGUUACACCCGGCAAAUAUCAGGACCUAGCGAAAUCUACAUACAAGAGUUUACGACAAAAUGUUGUACAGAAUAUUUUCAAAGAAUACAGAAGAACAGGUUAUGUUUGGGAACAGUACAAUGAUAAGUACGGCUCGGGGAAGGGUAGUCAUCCCUUCACGGGCUGGUCAGCUCUCGUGGUCCUCAUCAUGGCUGAGGAAUACUGAAAACCAAUCACUAUUACUCCAAGCUGCUCAGCACUCAUUAUGACUCAGAAAAACGCUCAGUAGUCAUCAUGACUCAGAAAUACUGAUUACCCAUCACUAUCACUCCAGACCACUCAACACUCAUCAUCCUCUACGACUGAGGAAUAUGGACUACUCUACAAUAGUACUUCCAAACCUGCUUGACCUGAUUUUUUGUGAUUUUUUGAUUCAUUACCCAUUCAAUAAUAUGGUCACUUGCUCUGACUGUCAUGAAACCUGUGGCUUUUUUUUUUUACAAAUGGACAGCAAGUUUAUUAUAGCUGCACCAAAAGUCUUACGCUUGUGAUUGCUUACAAGGAGGAUUCUUUAAUGUAUCAAACUGAAAAGUGAACAGUGACACCAUUUUAAAGCAUCUCAAAGGAAGUGAAUUAAAUAUACUUGAAACUUUUUUGGUCGUGUAUUUAAGACAGAUUUUCAUGUUUAAACAAACAUUAAAAAUCCAUAUGUAGGAGACCAAGGCUAACAUUCUAUAUUUGAGAGUAAAGUUUGUCAUCUGCAUUGAAUGAUAGAGUGACAGACUUUUAACUCAAUAAGUGCUAAAUUUAUUUCAAGAAGACUAUUUUAUUCACCCAUCAACAGCAUUGCAUAAUAUUGUUGUCAAUUUGUCCAUCUGUUUGUCUUGAUAACCUUUUGGCUGCAAAUAGUUCCACAGUUUCUGACGAAAUUUGGUGGAGAUUUUGGUGUUAGUGAUAAGAAUCAUAUGAAGAUGGGUAUAUCAAAAAACAGGAUUGCUGAAUUAUACAUAAUUACAGUUAAGGCUCUUUGCUAAAUGACCAGUAUAUUGAACUUUGUGACAGCAACAAGUCGACCAAAUCAUCUGGCCUAUGGUGUGUUGGGUGAUAAGUAUCAAAUUCAUAUUACCAGAAUGUUUUAAACAGUUGACAAGAAACAAAUGCACCUUGCCUCAUUCAUGGCUGUUAAAAAGAACAUAUCAACAAAUCAUAACAAUAAUUCAACUUUCCCGAGUUACAAAAUAUAGAUGUUGUUUUUUCUGCUUGCAUUUUAAUGUUUUCCUUCGUUUUGUUACAAUUAAGAAUGCAACAUUUUAUUUUGAGGAAAAAAGAAACAUAAGCAAAAUUCUUUGAAAUUCCAUUUGUAAGAACUGAAAGCGCUGUUGUUGAAACCUUGCAGUAAAUAUUAGAAUCAUUUUCCACCACUCCAAAUCAUAGUGGCUAGUGACAUGUCGCUACUCCAAAUCAUAGUGGCUAGUGACAUAUCGCUACUCCAAAUCAUAGUGGCUAGUGACAUAUCACUACUCCAAAUCAUAAUGGCUAGUGACAUGCCGCUACUCCAAAUCAUAGUGGCUAGUGACAUGUCUCUACUCCAAAUCAUAAUGGCUACUGACAUGUCGCUACUCCAAAUCAUAAUGGCUAGUGACAUGUCGCUACUCCAAAUCAUAGUGGCUAGUGACAUGUCGCUACUCCAAAUCAUAGUGGCUA